UUAUUUUGAAGUAUUCGAAGUGUGCGGCCCACCGGAAACAGAAGAAGGAGCAGUCGUGACGGAGAGAUCGACGGACGGGUUCAGCAGCUGCACACCCACCUGGUGGCGGACAGGUGCGACCAGAACCAGAAUCUUGGGAUAUGUGAGGCCACAAAGGAUCAUAGCGUGCAUCCUUCAAAAACAAGGAGAAGAAGGAGCAUCUGGAGGAGCCUUCAGAUUGGGACAGACUUCAUGUGGCAUUGUGAUGUAACUGGCCUUCAGAUGCUCCUCUGAAGGAUGCAGACCUGAACUGAGACACACAUGCACACACACACACAGAUGUAAUCUCCGAGACACUGAUCUUAUUUAAACAGCGCCAUCAGGUGUUACCAAGUGACAUCACUACCUUAUUGAGUGAUUCAUCAUCAAUACAUACAAACAACAAAUGAUGAAGAAAAAAAUCAAUAAUCCAAACAAGCUGGUGCGUCUGUACACCGGAGCUGCUUGGUUCUGUGUGAAGACUGCACUGAGGAGAUAAUCUGGUGUCUCUGUGUAAAAAGGGCAACUGUUGACGUGUGUGUGUGUCUUACAGGAACUCCAAACACUUGCUGGACGUUGUCUCUGUGGUUCAAAGGUCGUCUCCUCCCACAGUAGCCAUGGCUCUGAUCUCUCUGGAAGACCUCGAUGGAUUGGAUGAUGAGCAGCUGGACGAUGACAUCACUGACAACCCCGAACCAAUGGAAGAAGACGACCGACUGCUGGCACACUGGCAGGCUGUUGCUAGCACCCACCAGGUGUCAGUCCCUCAAGAAAUGACUGGACCCAUACAGGAAAUGACCCGCAACAGCCAGCAGAGGGAGCCUCUCCCCUUCACUCCUGUAUCCUGUCAUGAGAAGAUGGGGGAGGUGCUGUAUGAGGAGCGAGUGUACCAUGCUGGUCACUGGGCGUCAGUGACCAGCAGAGAGGAUCUGUACGAGCAGAGCAUCUCGAUGGCCUUCAUGAAACUGAUGCGCUUCAUCUGUAAAGAAAACUCUGCAGGUAGAUACCUGGGGAUGACAGUGCCGGUGGUCAGUCAUGUCCACAUGAUGGAGGACGGGAACACAUUUGAAAAAGACGUUCAGACAUCAAUCUUCCUGCCUGCUGAGUUCCAGAACAACCCCCCCCAACCCUACGACCCCAACAUCACCAUUGUCCACAGAGAGCCAAUCAGAAUUGUCGCCAGGCCGUUCUUUGGGACGACCACAGAGGAGACGGUGGGUCAUCAGAUCAACCAGCUGUGGGAGAUCGUUGGCGUCACCGACAACCUCCGCAGAGACGACUACAUGGUUGCCGUGUACGAGAACCCCGGCGUGCCUCGCCGCAGGAAUGAGAUCUGGUUCAUCAGACGUAACCUGUAGAUCCUCUCCCAUCAUCUCCUGCUCCGUCACAUCACCUCCUCUGAUUGGCUGUUUUGUUAUCUGCUCAGGUGCUCACUUCCUAUAGCUAAGAUCGAUCAUACCAAUCAGACCAUUUCAUGUUUGUUAGCAGGUCCUGACACUAAACCCUGCCCCUCUCUGACUAACUAACAUCCCAUUGGCCUGCACUUUCAACAAACCCAUGUCAUAUCAACAGGAUGACAUCACUUUAUUUGAUCAAUUCUCCAUCCUGAUUGGCUGUGAUCUGGCCAAACAGAAAGAAGAUGUCAGAGCUGACGUGUUUGUGAUGCAGGAAAUCAAUGAUGUACUGAUCAGAUCGAUCAGAUAUGUGCUGAAACAUUUAAUAAAUGUAAUGUGUAUGUUUCUAUUGGUCACACAUUUAAAGUGACCUUUGACCUCCAGACAAAUAGGUAACGUGACCUUUAGUGUGAAAGGUCAUCAGUUUAGUCUGAUGUUUCCAUGGAGACACAUACACACACACACACACACACACACACACACACACACACAGAGGCCAGUUUAUCAGUAACAGACUUAAAGGAACAGUUCAACACUUAGUCAAAUCUUCUUCUCCCCUGAGUGUCACAGAAAAGUAAACAGCCAGCUGCUAGUUAGCUUAGCAUAAAGACUGGAAACAGAGGGAAACUGCUAGCGUGGGUCUGUCCAAACAAGCUGAUGAACGAUUAAUCUGAGCAACAUGACUGUCACAGUGAGGAGCCAAUGGUCAGACCUGGUCCUAGUCCUGGUCCUGGUCUGGAUUCCUGACCAGAUGCAGUUAUGAGACAGAAAGUUUGAAGUUGAAUGAGGGAGAGACAGGAAGUGAAUGUUUGAGUGGAUGAACUUGCAGCUGUCCCCUGAGGAAUUUAAAGGUUCAGUGUGAAUAAAUCAGAUGUAUCAGAUCUGUAGUGUGACUGACAGGUGAUCCAGCUGUGUUGUCUCUCCAGGUGUUUCAGCACCAUCAGCAUGUUGAACCGACUCUGACACGGUUUCAGUCCCUCAGCUCUCCUUUUUAUUUUCUCCAUAUUUGAUGUGAAAUAAUUUUUAAAAACAAACUUCUUUGUGAUUUUUGGUGCCUGUUUCUGAAUUUAAUACUUCCUGUUUGUUUUCACAGUUGAACUGUUUUAUAUUGUUUUUCCUUCUUUUCAACAUUUGUGUAUAAAAUGAAAUUAAAAUCUGGUUUCAAAGGA